AUGGAAGGAUACCUAUUGAAGUGGACUAACAUUUUUCAAAGAUGGUAACCACGGUAUUUUAUUCUUUACGAUGACAUCCUGACCUAUUGUGAGUAGAAGGGUAGUUCUGUGGAAGGUCGAGUAAGUUUGAAGAUAUCUGGAAUUUUCACAGUGCAAGAUGAUCCCUUGGAAAUUUUGAUACAGACAGGAACUAAUGAAUUAAAAUUAAAGGCCAAUGCUCAAUCUUAAUUUGUAGAUUGGUUUAAAGCAUUAUAAAUUGCAUAAGAGAAAUCACAAAAAAACAAGGUUUAGAAUUUUGAAAGCCAAAUCAAUGAUCUCCUUUCAACAAUUUGGGUUACCUUUGCUGCCUUUGAUGAAACUCUAAAUACUCUCCAGAUAAAUUGUUCAAAAUUUUAGUAUGAAUUAAUUACUAAACUGCAUACUCUGGGUUAGAAUUUAAAGACAUUUCUUACUUUGGGAUUUACUUUAAUAGAGUAGGAAAAGGAGAGAUUCGAGAAUGACGCCAAUAGUGUAUAUGAAAGUUUUAAUGAAAUGCAGAGUGUAAUCCCGAAUAACGGAAUUCCUAAACAAAUAUAAAUCAAAGUGCAAGAAUUUGAAUCGCCACAAAGAGGGAACUCAUUCAAAAGUAUUCUAGAAUCAAUCAAACAUACACAACCAAUUAAAUAUGUAAGAUACAUCUUAAUAAACUAGAGAAAUCUUGUGAACAGUCCUGUGUUCACUAAAAUAUACAUAACAGAUGAACCAGAAAGAACAUGUUUGCCUUAUAAGUAGGAUCCAAAAGAGAAAUUCAAUGUUUGGCCAUUUCUUAAAUCCUGCAUCGGAAAGGAUCUAACCAGAAUUCCAUUUCCUUGUAAAUUUUAAUAAUUAAAUUGAAGUGAUAUUUCAUUAGCCGAUGUCAGUUUUACAAUUGAUUGUACAACAAUUUGCUUAUUUUGAUUAAAUUAAGAAAGCUAGUUAAUGCGAGGAUUCUUGCAAAAGAAUGUGUCACAUAAUUGCAUUUACAUUGUCUCGAUGUUCAUCCACAUUGGAUGGUCAAAAGAAACCAUUUAAUCCACUUCUAGGUGAAACUUUUGAGUUCUUGACUCCUGAUUACAGUAUUGUUUGUGAGUAAGUGUCCCAUCAUCCACCAGUGUCAGUUAUGCAUUGUGAAGGAAAGGACUUCAAGUUUUGGUCCUAGAAUGAUGCCUCUAUAGGAUUUGGGGGAACGCAUAUCAAAAUAUAGAUAGUAGGUAAAUCUCACAUCUAUCUAAAACGAUAUAAUGAGCAUUAUACUUUCGAUAUGCCUAAUAUGCAUAUUAAAAAUCUGGUAUUUGGUGAAAAGUAUUUUGAACAUGUCGGAAAGUUGAAAUAUAUCAAUCAUCAGACAGGAGAUGUUGGUAUAGUUGAUUUAAGAGAGUAUGGAGAAGGCAAAGUAAUCUAUAUGACUAAAUUUAAAGAACUUUUCUCAAGUCUAAGCUGAAGUAAGAGAUUCCAAUCACAAUCUAAGGUACUAGAUUACUGGCUUUUACAAUUCAGCCUUAUAUGUUGGUAAUGAAUUGCUUUGGUAGAGGAUUAUGCCAACCAAGGAAGCUUAUUACUAUUAUAAUUAUAUUCCUCUGCAAAUGCAAGCGAACUAUCUCAAUACAGAAAUUCUACUUGUAAUUUAGACACAUUAAUUUAAGCAAAUACCUUGCACAGAUUCACGUUUGAGACCUGACAUCGCAGCCUUGGAACAUGGUUGGAAAGAGAUUGGACAAGAUGAAAAAGUAAGAAUGGAGGAGAAGUAAAGAGAGAAGAGAAGAAUCAUGGAAUAAAGAAAUGAAGUUCAUGUUCCUAAGUUCUUUGAGAUAAAAGAAGAUUUUGACACUAAAACCAAAGGAUAUGUCUUUAAGGGGAACUAUUGGACAGAGAAACACGAAGUAAUGGAUAUAUUUUGA